CAUCAGCCUUAACUAACGAGUAUUUCUCAAUCAACGCAAGUCAGUUUAUCUUUAUGGAUGAAGAUGAUGAAGAAGAUACAAAUCUUCUGGCUAUUUUUUUGUUGUUGUUGUUUUUGUUGUUAUUUUUGUGAAGAUUCUUCCAUCGGUUUGUGCCUGCCUUUAUAAUAUUUUUGGUUAUGUUGCCAAUGUUUGUCUAUUUAUUAUUGAUGCGAACAUCAGGUGUGCUGCAGGUGUGGUGGACUAAAGUGCAAUUUUCUCAAUUCGCCGCGGAAUUAUUGUACCAAAAUUUAUUUGAGUUUAUUACAAAUUAGCACGGAUUUUCCUAUUUGUUUGUUUAACUUUUUUUCAAUUUAAUUGUGUGUUAAGAGCUUUAAAAAUAAAUACACUACUAAUACAAUGUGCAUUAUUUAUUUAGAGUAAAUAUUCAUAAAAUUUAGUGUGUAAAUUUUGUUGCAGUAUUUUUGAUUUUCUAAACAUCCGUACGAGUUCCUUUAAAAAUAUACAAAAACGAAAAUAAAACAUAAUUAUAAUGUCUUGGCGGUUUUGUUUAAUUUUAUUUAUUGGAAUUCUUUUGGAAUGGAAAUUAACACUAAGUGCACCAGCUGAAACUGGAAAAACGAAAGAAAAAGGUCGUCCGUAUGAAUUUGGAUUUAGCAUCGAAGAACAACAACAUCGUCAUGAGAAAAAAGAUGAAAAUGGUAUUGUGAUGGGUGAAUUUGGCUUUAUAACUGCUGAUGGUAUCUAUCACGUAACAGUUUAUGCAACUGACGAAAAUGGUAAAUUCAAGAUAAUUUCAAUGAAGAAUUAUCCUUAUGGAAAUCCGGAAAAGAAGGUUAUGAUUGCGACGAUACCUAUGGCUAAAAUGCCGGUAGUAACACCAACCGUGAUUAAGGCCAUGAAACCAGACGGUAAAUCUUGUGGUGGUUGUGUGCUACCAAAGAAGAUGAAUCUAUUACCAGCUGAUGUCAUGGGGAAGAAACCAGAUGAUCAGAAAGCAGUGUUCAGGCCUUUAUCAAAAGAUUUAAAUGAUGUGUCUUCUAAUGGAAAGACAAAUGGAGAAGCUGCCACAGCGGGAAAGAAUACUCCUUCAAAUCAGUCUGAGUCCACUGGUUCACUUAAACCUAGCGUAGGGGUAAAUGGAAAUGGAUCUUCUUCAAAAAAACCAUUGCCACAGGCUCCUUUGGUUCCACCAAGUAUAGCCACGUCUCAGGCUGGAGCCACUUCAUCGAAAUCACAACCCAAAACUCCUGCGACAGCAAAUAAUGGUAACAAAUAUCAGUUAACAAAUUUUAAUACACAAAACACACAAACACCUACACACACUCUUACACAAAAUUCUGGAGCCAAUACACCUAAGCUAAACACACAAUUUGGACAAUCGAGUGGAGUUUCCUUCACGGACUUUACGCAAUCUAUAAAACAAUUAACAAACCCUUCAACUUAUAACACACACAGUACACCUUCAAAUACAACUCCAAGCCUUUCGCAAUUCCUUUCAAGUCAACAAACACGACGUCCAGUAGGCUUAGAAACCUCAGCGAAAACUAACACAGGGUCCAAAUUUCCAAGUCAAAGUACUGCAUUCACAUCUAAAUUCGGAAGAAGGCCUUCAUCAGUUGCAGAUUCUCAGGGAACAAAGUUCUUAAAUCCUUCCAAAAUGUUAGGCUUCCCAGUGAAACCAAGUUUUCCAGUCGAUUCAAGAUUUCCCAGUCAAGAGCAGCAGAAGCUAUCUGGAAGGAUAUCACCAUCAUCAAUUGGGAACACUCAAACAGUUUACAACACUAAUUCUUUGACAACAAAAAGUCCAACUUUCAACACAAACACAAUACCACAACACUUUAUUAAUACACCAAAAACAACAAAUCCAACACAAUUCGAUAGCAAUUCUCUUAUUUCAAAUUAUCAACCUGAGAUUAACACUCGAUUUGGAUUUUCAAAUCAAAACAAUCUUCCAGUAUUGAGAGGAGGAUUGCAGAACUCAAAGUUCCCAAAUCCCUUAUUAACUACUGCUAAUACAUUUACUAUUCCAACAGCCCCAAGUUCCUUCAUCUCUCCGUCAUCAUCAUCAUUUAAUCCAACUGGAUCAUUUGCAAUUCCAGCUAACAAAAAUGGCAAACAGCCAUCCCAAGGGCAUACCACCAAAACAAAUACACAAAAGGUUGUUAAACAACAAAAACCAUUCCAAACACUCAGUAAAGUCUUACCAGAUCCACUAAAUGGUUCCAAACAAAAUGGAGUACCAAACAGUCAAAUUAAACCACCACAAACGUUCACAUCGGUUCCAAGAAACACAGGUUUACAAAAACCAUCCUCAGGACAAGUUCCUUCACAAGUUACACCAGCUAAACCACAAGCGAUUGGUACAAACACUCUAACACAAUCACCACUUACUACAAAUGCUUUCAAACCAAAAAUACUGCAACAAAACACAAAUGGAGCAAAGACACCAACCACUAACACUCAAUCCACAAAUAAACAGACGCCUAGUACGCCAUCAGCACAAGGAAAUGGUAAAACCAUGGCAUCCAAUAAUGCUGGUGGUGUUGGUGGUGCGUCUGGUAGUGGUAAAGCUAUUGGUGGCGGUGUUGGUGGUGGUGCUAAAAGUGAUGGUGGUGGUCCUUUGUACCGAUUCAAAUAUGUACUCGACUAUAACAGCCAUCGUGAAGAAGGACGCAUCGAUGGUUCCAAGGAGGGGAAAUACAAUACAAUUGACGACGAUGGCAUUCGCAGGAUUAUCGAUUACAUAGCAAACGAAAAUGGCUACCAGCCCCAUAUUAAAAUAGAACGUCUACCACCCAAUGAGCUGCCCACCGGUGAAAAUAAACUCAAAGAAUAUGAAUUUUUGUGGUUCAACUAGGACAUCAAGAAAAAACAAAAAAAAACAGAGUAUUUUUUGGUUCAAUUUUUAAAUUGCAUUUUUCAUUUUUUUUAAUCACACUUAAUUAGUUUUUUUGUUUUGUUUUUCUUUUACACAUAUUUUUUUGUUGUUUUCUUUUUGGUUUUGUUUUUGGUUUUAAAUUAAAUUGAUAAUUUUACAGUUGUUGUACACAUCGAUAACUGGAUUUUAUUUUAAAAUUACUAUUAUUUAAACAAUUAUUAUAAUUAUUAUUAAUUAAGAUCGUGUUUUGUUUUAUUAUAUAUAUUUUAUUUUGUUUUCUUAUUUAAACAUUGUUAUUAAUUUUUUGUUUUAUUUUGUUUUUAAUAAAUAUGAGUACCUAAUGUACAUAAGAAUUUUUU